ACCAACCAGCACACCCGCGCCUCGCACCUAUUCCGGCCCAGAGUCCUUUCAUUCUGCUAUUUUUGCCAGCCCCACUGCGAUACGACUGGAGCACCCGUGAGACAGGCUGAUAGCGUGCCACGGGCUUGCGCUGCGGCUCACUCGGACAGAUAUCCUGUACCUCGCCCGUCGCGGCUCUGGACCCUCUGAGAGCCACGUUGGACAAAGGCAGCAAAGAUGCCUGUCGUCGCCCCAGAGAAACUGGUCUCGCUACAGCAGGCGGCUGAAGGCAUCAGAAACAUAUGCAUUCUCGCCCACGUCGACCAUGGCAAGACCUCCCUCACCGACGCCCUCAUCGCCACGAACGGCAUCAUCUCACCGAAACUAGCCGGCAAGAUAAGAUACCUAGACUCGAGACCAGAUGAGCAGCUGCGAGGCAUCACUAUGGAGUCCUCUGCCAUCUCGCUAUACUUUUCCCUACUGCGGCGGUCCGCUCCCGAAGCGAAGCCGGAGCAGAAGGAGUUCUUGAUCAAUUUGAUUGAUUCACCUGGGCACAUUGACUUCAGCUAUGAAGUCUCGACCGCGUCACGCUUGUGCGACGGCGCAGUCGUGCUUGUAGAUGCCGUCGAAGGCGUGUGUAGUCAGACCGUCACCGUUCUUCGGCAGACGUGGAUCGAGAAGCUGAAGCCUUUACUCGUUAUUAACAAAAUGGACAGGCUAAUCACAGAGCUCAAGAUGAGCCCCGGAGAGGCGUAUACACAUUUGGGCAAGUUGCUUGAGCAGGUAAAUGCCGUCAUGGGCAGCUUUUACCAAGGAGAGCGCAUGGACGACGACCUCAGGUGGCGAGAAAAGAUGGAGGAGAAGCUAAAUGCUGCUGCCGCAGAGAAGGCAGGCUCCGCUCCGACAUCAGUCACCGAAAAUGGCGAUAGCAUUGAUACCACAAGCACUCCUGCCGAAUACGAGGAAAAGGACGACGAGGACAUCUACUUCGCUCCUGAGAAGAACAACGUAAUUUUCAGCAGCGCCAUCGAUGGAUGGGCCUUUACUGUAAAGCAAUUUGCAGGCCUCUAUGAGCGAAAGCUUGGCAUCAAACGCUCCGUUCUCGAGAAAGUACUGUGGGGCGAUUUCUAUCUUGAUCCCAAGACGAAACGAAUUCUCGGAUCUAAACAUCUUAAGGGCCGCCAUCUUAAGCCAAUGUUCGUCCAACUAGUUCUCGACAACAUAUGGGCAGUCUAUGAGGCCACUACAGGAGGUAACAAGGGGAAGGGAGAUCCCGCAAUGGUUGAAAAGAUCACCAAGUCCCUCAACGUAACUAUCCCAGCGCACAUCCUCCGGUCGCGCGACCCGCGGGCGCUCCUGACUACCCUCUUUGCAGCCUGGCUUCCUCUAUCUACGGCGCUGCUGGUCUCCGUUAUCGAGUACCUACCCUCUCCACCCAAAGCGCAAGCCGAACGGAUGCCCGAGAUAAUUGACAGCUCGCCGGGUGCCGAUUACGUUGCAGCCGAGGUACGGGAAGCGGUGACCGAGUUCAAGAUCUCGGAAAAUGCACCUGUAGUAGCCUACGUUAGCAAGAUGGUCGCUGUGCCUGAAAGCGAACUUCCGGAGAACAAGCGGCGAGGCGGAGCGCUCAGUGCAGAAGAGGCAAGAGAGCUCGCGCGCAAGAAACGAGCAGAGAUAGCUCGACAGCAGGCUCUUGCAAAUGGCGCGAAUCCAGAAAUGGGAGACCUCACUUCAGCAAUGAGCUCCACGGCACUUGGCGAGACAGAGACCCCAGAAGAGACGACAGAUACAGUGCAGGAAGCAGAACAUCUCAUCGGUUUUGCUCGCAUCUAUUCCGGCACGUUGAGCGUCGGCGACGAAGUCUAUGUUCUAGGACCGAAGUUCACACCGUCGAAGCCCCAUGCUGCUCCGGAACCGCGAAAGGUCAAAGUCACUGCGCUGUAUCUAAUGAUGGGGCGCGGGCUGGAGCCAUUAACUACCGUACCGGCAGGUGUAGUCUUUGGCAUAGGUGGACUUGCCGGUCACGUCCUCAAGUCAGGCACGCUUUGCUCACAGCUGUCCGGCUCCGUCAAUCUCGCAGGUAUCAGUAUGGGUACACAUCCGAUCGUUCGUGUUGCGCUGGAACCAGAGAACCCAUAUGAUCUAGACAAGAUGAUCAAUGGCCUGAAGAUGCUCGUGCAGAGUGACCCCUGUGCGGAGUAUGAAGUCCUAAGCAGCGGAGAGCAUGUCAUUCUCACGGCCGGCGAACUUCAUUUCGAGAGGUGCUUGAAGGAUCUCAGGGAACGCUUUGCAAAGUGCGAGAUACAGGCCGGUGAGCCAAUCGUACCGUAUCGCGAGUCCAUCGUUGCAGCAGCCGAAAUGAAUCCUCCCAGAGAUCCAGAUCUACCGCGAGGUACCGUCAUCGGAGUUACCACAAGCAAGCAGGUCAUUGUGCGCCUGCGAGUUCGACCAUUACCCCCAAGCGUAACUGAGUUCCUUGGCAAAAACUCUGGAGCCAUUAAGAGACUGUAUGCAGAGAGCGCUGAAGAGGGACGGCAACGAGUUGCAGACGAACUUGAGCAGGACGGCAUGGAAGAGGCAGAGCAGCUAGAGAUUGGGCAUGCAUUGAGCUUAGCCGAGUUCAAGGAGCAGCUACAGAAGGCUUUCGAAGAAGCCAAGGGACAGAAAGAAGUUUGGACCGACGUCAUCGAAAAGAUCACCGCUUUUGGGCCUCGCAGAAUAGGACCAAACAUCCUAGUCGACACAACAGAGGGCGGCAUAUGCGGGAGAGCGCUCCGCGAAACAUCUUCGCCCGACCCCGAGCCAGAAUCCACCGAAGACACUCCCGCAACCUCGCACACCCUAACCCCACAUUCAUUCGCCGACAAGAUAAGCUACGCCUUCCAGCUUGCCACAGCACAGGGGCCUCUCUGCGCGGAGCCCGUCCAGGGCGUCGCCGUCUUCCUCGAAGAAAUCUCUGUCGCCACUUCCCCACCCGAAGAAACAGGUGCAGACCGCAUGGGCCGCCUCACAGGCGAAGUCAUCAAGACGGUCCGCAGCGCCAUUCACCAGGGUUUCCUCGACUGGUCGCCCCGCAUGCUGCUCGCCAUGUACAACUGCGAGAUCAACGCCUCCACCGACGUCCUCGGGCGCGUCUACGCUGUCCUCACCCGCCGCCGCGGCCAAAUCUUGUCCGAAACGCUAUCCUCUACAUCCUCCGCGUCGACGACGGGAAAUCAGACUUUCACCAUCAACGCGCUCCUCCCGGUCGCUGAAUCUUUCGGCUUCAGCGACGAGAUCCGCAAGCGCAGUUCUGGGAGUGCGAGUCCGCAGCUGCGCUUUGCGGGCUUUGAGAUGCUGGAUGAGGACCCCUUCUGGGUGCCGUUUACGGAGGAUGAGCUGGAGGACUUGGGCGAGCUGGCGGAUAGAGAGAAUGUCGCGAAGAGGUAUAUGGAGAGCGUGAGGAGGAGGAAGGGGCUGCUUGUUAGGGAGGUGCUGGUGAGGGAUGCGGAGAAGCAGAAGACGCUGAAGCGGUAA